AGUUACGUUAGACCCGAUUACAGAAUCUGUGACGUACAACACAACCAGUGUCAGUUGUUGCCCUAGUACAGAGUUUUUGAAAUAUAAAUUUUAACCAUGUUUUGAAGAAUUUUUUUAAAAAUAGCAUGAAUUUGACAAGAAUAUUCAGAUCAUUAUCUUUUAUGAGGGAUCAUAAUUUUUUGCUAAAAAGUCAUCAUCUUGCAUCAUAUUCUAAAAAAUUUCCAAGCAAAUGUUUUGGAAUUUGGAGUUCCAAAAAAGUAACAGAAUGGAACAAAGCAGUUUCAGAUGCAGAGAAACUUGUCGGUUAUCCAACGUCAUUGAUGGGGCUCAGAUGUUUUUUGAGUGAUGAAAUAUCAAAUGUUGCCAUUCAAAUGAGGAAACUUGUUGGUUCUAAACAUCCUCUACUUCAGACAGCUAGAGGUCUGAUUUACAAUGAUUCCCACACAUUACAGACAAGAGGAUUAAUUGUUUUACUGGUAUGUAAAGCUGCAGGACAGCCUUCUGGUUCAGAUCAGGAUAUAGACAACAGUCAAAGAGCAUUAGCAGAGAUAACAGAAAUGAUAUACACAGCUUGUCUGAUACACAAAGGUGUGGUCAAUAUGUCCGAUCUUGACCUUGUAGAUGAAGUGUUGGAGGGUAUGUCAUCUGGAAAUAAAAUGGCUACAUUGACAGGAGAUUUCCUUUUAGCUAAUGCUUGUACAGAAUUGGCCAGAUUAGAAAAUACUCAGGUAGUAGAAAACAUUUCAUGUGCAAUUGGUAAUUCAAUGGAGGCUGAGUUUACCAAGAUAAAGAAUUGUAAAACAGAUGUCACAUUUGAUGAUUGGUUAGACCAGACAUACCUCACUUCAGGGAGUUUACUGGCACAUAGUUGUCAGUCAGCUUUAUUGUUAGUUGGCCACAACGAAUCUUAUCAAACAGCAGCUUUCAACUUGGGUAAAAAUUUGGCAAUAACUCGACAGUUAUAUGAGGAUAUCAACAAGUUCACACAGCCAGAAACAGAUGAUAUAUCUCCUCAAAUUCUAUCCACUGCACCAGGGGUUUUGUACCUGGGAAACAGAUCUACAGACUUUUCAGAAGAAGUGCUAGAAGAUCCCAAAGAACAAAAAAAGAUUUUAAAGAAAAUAAAAGAAAGUGGGGAGCUACAGCAAUGUAAAGACCUAUGUAAACAGUAUGGCAUAAAAGCUAGACAAUCGUUACAUGUAUUUGAACAUUCUGUACCUAGAGAUGCUCUGUUUAGAAUUAUAAAUGCCACAACAGUAUCAUGACGAAGAAGAAACUUUUUUUUUAUAAACAUACUUCAUGGUGGAAUAGACCUAUUGUAAAGUGGUUGGUUGAAAAAAGAUAUGGAAAAAUGUCUUUCUAGGGUAGUUUAGCAAAGUUUGUGUUGACCUGCUUGCUCUAAGUCAUGAUUACUACACUUGACACAAAAGUGAUAAUAAAAGCCAAACAUACCAUUUUCUACUUCUAUUAAUCCCUCGUAUCUUGACAUUGGGAAUGGAUGAUCAUCAGAAGCAGAAAAUAAGUCUGAAGUAUUUGGGGAAAAAAUCCACUGUUCUUGUUCUUGGUCCCUUGCUGAAGGUUGAUGUUUACUCUUUUAUCAAUUAAAUCACUUGUCUGCCAAUGAGUUUAUAUAAAUGUUUUGAUUAUCACAUUUAAAAAUUCAGACAAAAAAGAAAUUAGCUAUUGGCCUUGAUUGAUAUGGACAUGAACACAGAAAUGACCAUAUUAUCUGCAAUGAUGUGACAUAGCAUGUUUCUGAUUGGUACUGAUAUCAUCAGUGAUGAUUAGAUACUGGCAAGAUCUUUCAAUUGGUAUUAUACGUACAGAAAAUCUUUCUUCUUUUCUAAGUGUGUGAUAAAAAGUAAUAUAGAAGAACAGAAAUCUCAAAAUAAAAUUGUAUGUAUAUAUAA